CGUCGUUUCUCAAUCCAUAUUGUUGAUCCCACACUCACAGCACAACGCUACGUUCUCUGCGAAUCCAUGGUGUGUGUGUAAAGCAAGUCUGUCACCUCUGCCAGUACUGCCCUCCCCUGUCUCACAUAGGUCACCAGAGACUCGCGCUAGAUGACUUCCUUCAUCAUCAAGGCUCACACGGACAGACCUGUGGCAGAAGCCUGGAAAGCUGAUCCUGACUGUCCUUUCUGUCGCAUUAUUCGCGGGGACGCUCAAGCUUUCCUUCUCUAUGAGAAUGACCUCGUCACUUCAUUCUUAGAUAUCCUCCCUCUCCGCCCCGGACACGCGCUGGUGGUUCCAAAGACUCACUACGCUCGCGUCUCGGAGCUGCCUCCGGAGUCUGCAGCCGCCGUCGGGAUGGCGGUCUCGACGGUUGCGCGUGCUAUGACUGAAGCAUUGCAGAACACGGCUCUGAACGUUGUCUGUAAUCAAGAAUACGCGCAAGCAGUUCCACACGUUCAUUACCAUAUAAUACCCGCACCGAGGCCAGGAUCGUCGGAACCCACCUCGGAUACAGCUAAGGUGGACCACGUCGUUAAGCCGCUCACCCAGAAGGAAAUGCACAAGAUGGAAACCGAGUCUCGCGACGAGCUUGAUGAUGAAGAAGCAAAGGUACUGGCAGAGAAGAUCCGUGCUCGUCUGUAAUUCGGCUGUAUAAUGUACAGUACCCCCCUUAGAUCUAUAGAGUUUAGACACUCGAGUUGUCUAGACAGGUAUAGCACUGCGCAGUGACCGAUUUGUCAAGGCGUUGUCCAUGAAAAUCGUGGAUAUGCUUAUUGACGUCCGCCUGUACGUUUUGAGCCCUGGUCCGGGUGCCUGCAACUCGUAAGUUGUAUGGCCAGGGACUCAGAAGUCGUAGUCACAUAUCCCGAACAGUUGACACAGCUGUCGCAUUGCUGCAGUGAGCAGCGAACAGUGAGCGAACCUGAGCCGAAACAUCGCAGGAAGGUCCAGGCAGAAGGCUAUGUAGCUUUCUGAGGACUCGG